AUGACCAAGUUAUUCACUUCAAGUUUCUUGCUAGUGAUCGCAGCCUGCGUUUCUAACACCAACGCUGAUGGAGCUGAGGGUGGUGUAGCCACCACAAUUUCAGCACAUCCYUAUGUCGUSUCGCUACAGRGUACCGACGGCUCAAAAGUUUGUGGCGGUGUCUUAAUUGAUUCAAAGACCGUUGCCACCGCAGCACAGUGUUUGAGCUUCUACGACGUAUCAAAACUGGUGGUCGGUGUUAGCAAUGGCGCUAAAGUCGUAAAAAUUGCCAGCAGCACCUUCAAUUCAGGUUUUGAUUUCACCACCAUGGAGAAUGAUGUGGCUCUCGCAGACAAAAUGUACAAUAUUGAGCGUAUAUAA